CGUUUGGUGGUUCUGGACAGGGAGGUUAUAGUCCUAUAUAGGAACCUACGGUACACUUUAGGCGUGUACGAGUUUGUGUGGGAGCCCUUUGGACUUUUAGAGAACCUCUCUUGGCUCUGUGUUGUGUGACUGUUUUAGCUGCUGAGGCGAUUGUGAACCAUCAACCAUGUGUUCGGGUAGCUUUGCCAAGUGUCUGGGUAUCACCUUGAUCCCGCUGGCCAUCCUGUGUGUUCUCUGCAACAUCCUGCUCUUGUUCCCUGGGGGGCUGGUGGCAGAAGACAAUGGCCACAUCACCGAAGAGGUGUGGUACUUUGGGGGCAUCAUAGGAUCUGGUGUUAUGGUGAGUCAUCUGUUACCGGGGAGUGGAAAAGGCCUUUUGAUAACUUCUAAUACUGUAACUCUCUAACGUCCAAAAUGUCUCAUUUCAACGGUUGUAUUUGAACGUCUCUAUUCAACAUGUGGAGAAACAUAGAAAAGUAGAAAUAUUGGAUUGAGUCUAUCAGAAAACAGGUGAACAGACGUUAGGCACAUACAGGUGUAGUUACUGACCUAGAGGCUGUCUCCAUGACAGGAUGGCUUUAGUGAGAUGGAUGGCCCUUUUAAAAAGCUUUGUUUCCUACUGGACAAUCUAGGCUUCGGAUAUUGAUUGAGAGGUCAGGAUAUUGAUUGAGAGGUCAGGAUAUUCAUUGAGAGGUCAGGAUAUUGAUUGAGAGGUCAGGAUAUUCAUUGAGAGGUCAGGAUAUUAAUUGAGAGAUCAUGAUAUUGAUUGAGAGGUCAGGAGUGGGACAGAUGGAAUCUAUUAUAACUGUAUAAUACUUUAUGAGGUGCAAUGAAAUAAUCAAAAUGAAAGCCUUUGUGGAAGUCUUGUCCAUUAUACCAGUUUGUUUCUGCUUCUAAAGCCAAACAGUAGUCUCAGUUUUAAUGGUAUUAUCCUAAUGGUUGUGGGUAGUAUGAUGUCUUUCUGUCCAAUAGUUGUGUAUCCUAAUGGUUGUGUAUCUGGUUGCGGUCUGAUCCUAAUGGUUGUGUGCUGUAUCUCUUUCUGAGCAGAUGAUCUUCCCAGCGCUGGUCUUCCUGGGGCUCAAAAACAAUGACUGCUGCGGUUGCUGUGGCAACGAGAGUUGUGGAAAGAGAUUUGCGGUGAGUACAUAGGGACAAAAAGAUCCAUAGCAGCUUUCCUAUAUACUGUAGGUGUUUUGUUUAGUUAAGGGCCCGAGUCAGACUUAGGGAAACGUAAGCCUGUCCUACGCACUUCUCAGUAGUUGGCAUUCAAACGUAUCUUAUACAGGUGCAUAAUGGCCUUUGCAAGCGUGGUUCACUUUCACACUGAAUACAUUUUAUUCAACAGCUGAAAACCCUCCCACUUGCUGGCCAACAGAUUUUCUCGUGGAUUUUAUCUAAAACCAUCUCUUUAAAUAUGGUGUUCCUUCACGAUAUACUCACUAGAUUAUGGAGAGAACGGUUCAGAAUAUUAGGGAUCAAUGACAGAAAGCCAUGUAAAUAAAUGAAUAUUCGUCUCCUUUUCAGCGCCAAUUGGUAGAUAAAAAAAUUACUCUGAUCUUGUAUAUUAUUAUUAUUUAGGGUUAGGAAAGCAUAAUAAAAAAACAGGUUUGGAGCGCCUCACGCACAAAAAAUAUUUGUGAAUCAAAAAUACAGUGGUUUGAUUCAUCCUGAAAGUUACCAUGUUCAAUUGUUCAAUCCAUUAAAUAUUGGAAAGUGAGAAGUGUGUACAAUAGGGGUUGAACAGUAGUCCUAUAAAUCUACCCUAAUAAUCCUCACUAAUCAUGGAAGUGUGAUGACAGCGGUCCAGUCGUCGUGAACCGUGCGCCAGGCUCCAGGUUUAAACUGCUACGUGUGGUCUGAGUUCCAUAAUGAUUCAAAUAGGCUACAUGUCCCAAAUCGUUGCGCAACUUGUUCGCCUAAUAUGAUCCACUAAUGCUAGCGAUCCUCAGGAACAAACUAACAAUGGAAUGGAAUGAUGCAAAAUCGAAGGAAACUAACACUAAAGUGACAGUUAUAAAUGUAUGUGGGUAUAACUGACAGUGGAUACCGAUAGUGGCCAAUAUUUAACAGGAUACAAAAUGGUGAAAUAUACAGUGAAAAGUCUAGGGCAUAUAAUUAAAACGUUCUAGAAAUCAUAAAUCAACUCGGUAGAUUUGACACACCUCCACCACACCUUCAUUUAUUUGAUCCCCACCCCCAAUAAAUCAAUAGCAUGCUAUUCUAAUGGUUAAGUUCAAGGUCAGAACACGCGUAGAGAGAAAAUAACAUAAAAAAGGGAUCUAUGUUCCAUUUACGCACGCUUAACUCGGAUCAGAAUUUCCCCUUAAAGCACAGGGCAUCCAAAGCAGUGCACCAUAAUUGUAGGUCUCACACACACACACACACACACACACACACACACAGUAGAUAUAACACAUAGAUUUUGAUCGCCCCAAAGCAGGGAGUUCAACUAGCGUUUUCCCAUGCCUCCUCGGGACAGAGCCCCCAUUAUACUGGUGGCCAGCAGACAGGAAAAACAAAGAGCAGGUAUUUAGCUCUCUUACCACUUGAUCAAUAGUAUCAUUUCAUCUCACACUGGUACCAUACUGCAUUGUAGGAGGGUGCUGUUGCUUUCAACUGAUUCUGGGCAAAAGGAUCAAUUGAUCUCUUGUCCAAUGUUGCGUUGGUUGGUUCAAGGAAAUAACUCUUGCUGAAAUACAGUAUCAAGCUGAUCCUGGUAUGAGACCUGGGCCCGUAUCAGCACUCCUACUUUGAAACGCUAUAUACAGGCCCUGAAGUCCAUCCCACUAACAGUAUGAACCCUGAAGAUUAGUGUUUAGUCCUUCCUAUCACAGGUUUCAACUCAGUGGACUAACAUGGUCUUAUUGAGUCACUUGUCUUGGAUAGACUGGGUUCAGUACCCAGAUUGAUUCAUUGAAUUGGACCUCUGUAACUAUGAUCAGUUUCUUCUCCUCAGAUGUUCACCUCUAUCAUCUUCGCUGCGGUGGGGGUUCUGGGGGCCGGCUACUCCUUCAUCGUGUCUGCUGUUGCCAUUCAUAAUGGACCCAAAUGUUUCUACACCAAUGGCACAGCAGAGUCAAUCCCUUCGUGGACCAACCCCUUUGUUAACGGGUAAGAACCGUUUUACCACUCAAACACAUUGUUGGUAACACAUUGUUCAUGUUUUGACACAUUGUUGGUAACACAUUGUUGGUAACACAUUGUUCAUGUUUUAACACAUUGUUGGUAACACAUUGUUCAUGUUUUGACACAUUGUUGGUAACACAUUGUUGGUAACACAUUGUUCAUGUUUUAACACAUUGUUGGUAACACAUUGUUCAUGUUUUGACACAUUGUUGGUAACACAUUGUUCAUGUUUUGACACAUUGUUGGUAACACAUUGUUCAUGUUUUGACACAUUGUUGGUAACACAUUGUUCAUGUUUUGACACAUUGUUGGUAACACAUUGUUCAUGUUUUGACACAUUGUUGGUAACACAUUGUUCAUGUUUUGACACAUUGCAGUGUGCCGAGUCUUAUUAAACUUUUUCCUGAACUCUCUGUUCUCCACCAGUGACUACCUGAAUAACCACACCCUGUGGGAGGGCUGUAUGAUGCCUGUGGGCAUCGUGACCUGGCACCUGACUCUGUUCUCUAUGCUGCUGGUCAUGGGUCUGCUGCAGGCUGUGCUCUGUGCCAUCCAGGUCAUCAACGGGCUCAUCGGCGCCAUCUGCGGAGACUGCUGCGGCUGCUGUGGGGGGGGUAAGAAGACCCUGUUGGAUUGAAACACCCCAUCUCAAAUCAACCUCUAGUCUAGCCCAUUAGCCCAAUUGGUAUACAUUUUUCUCCAGUUGAACACACCUGAUUUAAUUAAUUGAAUUCAAUGAGAGACCAGGAGCUGCCCAGUCCCGGCCCCAGUCCCAGUCCUACCCCCACCCCUCCACUAAUGGCUAGACCCUGUUCUUCCACCUGUGUCACUGACCUCUCAGCCAUGUGUUAUCUGACCAUGAACUCCAUGAACUUCAGUAAGCUUGGCAACAACUAGCUCAUCCAUGAUUGACACACUAAUACACUGUAUAAAUAGGUUUGUAUUUGAGUAAGAGUUGAUUUGAAUGGUUUUUGUAAAGUUAUUGUCCUGUGUUCGUCUUUCAGAGUAGUGACGGUGCAGUCUGAGGAUCCGUGCGCCUUUCAGAAGAAGACCGAAGACUUCUUAUAUCAACAACAACACUGACUGGCUUUCUACGAGGUGUAUAUGAUUUUGUUAAAUAUUUGUACAAUGUUUUUUCAACCAUUUCCAACCUACCUAGCUUGCUGGCCUUUAGCUUGCUGGCCGGUCUCAUGACAGCAGAGGACAUUUACUAGCUUGCUGGCCUUUAGCUUGCUGGCCGGUCUCAUGACAGCCGAGGACAUUUAAGAGCCACAUUAAGUAUUUCUAUUUGUAAUGUUUUAAAUGGUAAUAUGUAAUUAAAUCAAACUUCUUAUUCAAUACGUUAAAAACAUGAAAGCACUUUCAACAUUUCAUAUAAUUCCAUAUGAUGUACCUUAAAAGACAACAGAACACUUGGCAUCAGUUAAAUCAAUAAAUUCUUUCUCUCUUUAAUUGCACAUAAUUUUCAAUAUUCAAAAACACACAAAAACCCCCUUCAUGUAGGUUUAUGACUGUGUAUCUACACGGUGGGCCACACCUGCGUCAGUCUUAUCGGAGUAGGCUUGUGGGUGUCAUUUUAUCACUUUAUUCUGGCUAGUUCCUGUUAAUGGAGGGACAUGGCAAGCUUCCCUCCUCUGUGUCAAUGUUUAGUGUACCGCCACGGGGUUACUAACGAGUCUGUCAUGUUGGGUUUUCAGUGACUUUAUGAGGCGUUGGUUCUACUAUAUUAUACAAACACUGCAAUGCAGCUUUCUCCAACCCUAUUUACAUAUAUAGAUGCUAAAAAUGGUAGAACCAGGGCUAUGCAUUUACAUUAUCGUUAGAACGUUAACCCAGGACUCUCUGGAAAACAGUGGAAGUUGUUUACCGAGUGGACUAUCCUGGCUAAAUAAAUAAAAAUCUAAAUGAACUUCUACUUUAUAUACAUUUCUAAAUAUAUGGCUCUGGGUAGACCUAGUUGGCCUUGGG